AUGGCCGAGUCCAAGACCUUCCUCGACGCGACCGAACUCCGUCGUUCCCACUACCAGAUCACCAACGAGUCGACCAUCUCCGACGCCCGCAUCAAAGAGCUCGUCGCCCACACCGUCAAGCAUGUCCCCAGCGCCUUCCACUCGCAGACCACGCGCAUGGUGGUCGUGCUGAAGGAGAAGCACGAGGAGCUGUGGGAUGCCAUCAUGGAGGUCUACAAGGUGCAACUGCCCGCGGACAAGUUCGAGCAUGCCAAGGGGAGGAUGGUGGGGUUCAGGAAGGCGUACGGGACCAUCCUCUUCUACGAGGACACCUCCAACGUGAGGGAGUUCCAGGAGAAGUACAAGACCUACGAGGAUAAGUUUCCCCAAUGGUCCGAGCAAACCAAUGGCAUGCACCAAUACACCCUCUGGUGUGCCCUCGAAGCAGAAGGCAUGGGGGUCAAUCUUCAGCAUUACAAUCCCUUGAUCGACACUCGCCUUGAGACCAUGUACGACGUCCCGGCAACGUGGAGCUUGAAGUCUCAGAUGGUGUUCGGCAAGCCGACCGGCCAGCCGGGAGAGAAGACGUUCAAGCCUGUUGAAGAGAGGGUGAAAUACUUUGGGUCAUGA